AUGGUAAACGUUUUCAAUGUGCAAAUCUUCUUUGUGGUGUUUAGAGAAUCGUUAGAAGCCGUGGUGGUUGUUUCGGUGCUACUUGCUUUUCUUAAACAAGGUUUGGGAGGCAGUAGUGAAGACCCAGUAGUCUACAAAAAACUUGUGCGACAGGUUUGGCUAGGGUCUGUGCUAGGGGUAGUGGUUUGUCUUAUUAUUGGAUGUGCUUUUAUUGGUGCUUUUUAUUCUUUGAAGAAUGAUAUUUGGGCGAAAUCAGAGGAUCUUUGGGAAGGUAUUUUUUGUAUCAUUGCAACGGUAUUGAUCUCGCUUAUGGGAAUUGCCAUGUUGAGAGUCAACAAGAUGAAGGAAAAAUGGAGAGUCAAGUUGGCUCAAGCAUUGGUUAAAGACACUACCAAGCAGAAAUUCAACCUUGGUCGUUGGACCAAAAAAUAUGCCAUGUUUAUCUUGCCUUUCAUCACCUGUUUGAGAGAAGGUUUGGAAGCAGUAGUGUUUGUUGGAGGUGUUGGUUUGAACAGUCCAGCCAGCUCGUUCCCAAUUCCAGUUAUCGUCGGUUUAAUUGCUGGUAUCUUGGUGGGAAUGGCCCUUUACUACUCUGGUUCCACCGUUUCGUUGCAAGUUUUCUUGGUCAUAUCCACUUGUAUCUUGUACUUGAUUGCCGCAGGAUUGUUCUCCAGAGGUAUUUGGUUCUUCGAGACCUACGUAUACAACCAGAAAACCGGUGGAGAUGCUUCUGAAAACGGUUCUGGUCCUGGUACUUACGAUAUUUCCAAGUCAGUUUGGCAUGUCAAUUGUUGCAAUCCAGAGACAGACAACGGUUGGGAUGUGUUCAAUUCACUUUUGGGAUGGCAGAACUCGGCCACCUAUGGCUCAGUUAUUUCCUACAACGUAUAUUGGAUUGCCAUUGUCGUCGCAUUGGCAUUGAUGCUCUUUGAAGAAAAGAAGGGUCACUUGCCUUUCUGCAAAAACUUGACGUUGCGCCAAUUGAACCCAAUGUACCACAUCAAGAAUAAGAAGAAACAUGAACUUUCUCAGCAAGAGAAAGAUGAGUUGUUUGCCAAGGUGAGAAACCAAAGAGUUGGAGAGGAAAACCGGUCGGAAGAGAACCGGUCGGUUUCUUCUGAGGAAAAGGUGGUGGAGAAGGUGGGGAACCUUGAGGAGAAGUCACAGUGA